CUUUUGAUUGAUUGUCGCUUUGUUCGCCAUGGACGGCGAUCUUGACCUGAAGCCAAAGGUCCCGCUGCCCGCCGCGUUUGUGCGACAGGAGGAGGCUUUGCGGAGAUGUCGGGAGAUGCUCUCUCGCUUGCCUCCUAUGGAAGGCUCGGUGAAGUACGAGCGAGCAUGGGGUAUUGAAGAGUCUUUGGAACAGUUUCAAUGCCUCAUGAAGCAGCACGAGCUGCAGUCCUCCGUGGGCCAAAGCCACGUCUCCGUGAGGCAACUGCAGGCGAAGGUGUGUGCACUCCAGGCAGCCGACGUGGCCAAGGCGGCUCGGGAGGCUUUGGGUGCGGCGCAGCCCGACCUGGCAGCAGUGAUGCUGGAGGCCAAGUCUGCAGCCCGGCAGCUGAGCCUGGCGCUGCGGAUGCAGAAGAUCAAGGAGCGGCACUCCGCAGAGCGAUUGAAGAUGAUGGAAGAGGAGAUCAAGAAAAGCAAUGCGGAGAUGACCAGUUUGCGCGAAGGCAUCGAAGACGUCUCUAGUGGUGGGGGCCCUCCUCUGGCUGGUCCCAUCGGCGCUGGCAAGGCAGAGGUCGGCGCCAAUCGGAAGUGGUUCUACUGCUCCGAUUGCCAUGUGGGUGGUCACGGACAGCGCUUUUGCAGAUAUCUCCUCAAAAGACCGAACUGGAGAAUCUACCCCAGUGAGAGAUGGUUUGAAGAUCGCAAUGGUCAAGUGAGCCAUUGCCCUUUGGGCAAGAAGGCGGUGGAUUUCACUGACGAGACCUAUUUCAGCCGAAUAGCUAUGCACAUCAAAGGGCGGAUUUGGCUGGAGGAUAAGCGGAAACUCUACGAAUUCGUGCCUGACUUGAUGCCGUACACCUACGUGAUCCAAAACAGGCAGUGGGUGGGAGAGGUGCCGGAGAAGGUAGCGCCAGAUGCUCCGCCCUGGCCGUGGUUCUUGAAGGAAACUGACAGGAAUUGGGGCACCAGCGUUGUGUGCUGCGCCAAUCCAGAUGAGUGCCUUCAAAGAUCCAAAGACGAUGCUACAUACGUAGUGCAGAAACACAUUCCGGACCCGUUGCACUACUACAAUGGGGAGAAGUGCCACAUCAAGUUUUACAACCUUCUGGUCGGCCUCGAUGACGGAGUCACGUGGCGACUCUACACAUAUCGGGACGGCUAUCUCAGUAUAUCUCCCAAAGCCUGGUCUCCGACAGAUUUGUCAAAGGAGUGUCAGGUGACCAUUAUCCGCACGAAGCGGAUUAAUGACUGGCCUUACUGGGACAAGGUCUAUCCCAAGUGCCAGGCCGGCGUGGCCACCGUCAUCAAGCGAGCUGCGGAGCAGGGGAAGUUGGAGGGUCGCAACAAGGUGCAGUUUGAGAUCAUCAGCGCAGAUUACAUCGUCACUGCCAGCGAGGAUGUGUAUUUGCUAGAGUUCAACACAGGACCUGUGCUCAAGGAUGCCGAGGACUCCCCAGAUGUCCAUGACGCAGGGAUGGUUGACGGGGCGCUGCACAUCGUGGAGCCCUGGGAGGGCGGCGACCCCAACCUCUGGGACCUGGCGAUCGAAUGCCAGGCGUAUUCCAAGCCGCGUCUCCGGUGAACGCAUUGCGUCCGCUAAAUCUCCCUUUGCAAUUGAUACCAGUUGGCCCAGUUCAAGCAGAGGUCAACUGGUACCGGUUCAGCUGGGCCAGUUCAGCCGGCUCACCUGGUUCAACUGGCUCAGAGGUUCUCUGGUUAAAGUCCAGCUGUUUCAACCGGUUUGAUUGUUUCAAAGUUUCAGGCCCGGCGAUGUGGCAGCACUGGGAAACAAUGAAGGCAC